CAGUGCGCAUGCGUCAGAGCCGGGGCUGCAGCCCAGUGCAGAGCUGAAUAGAGGAGAGGGUAAUAAGUGAUGGGAAGGGAAGGCUGUACGGUGACAGCUACCGAGAAGCGAAAUAGACAGCGAGAAACGGAAAAAAGAGCCCGGCAGUGCUGUUCGGGAGAGUGACAGCUGCUUAUACAUGAACUGAAAUGCUGGGGAAGAGAAAGCGGCAGUGAUAGAGCGCAGUGGCUGCGUGACAGUGAGAAAGGACACUCACAGUGGAUGGAGACUCACGCAAGGGAGGGGCACCCACUGAUAAGAGAGUGACAGUGCCUAGCGGGCCGGACCCCGCAGCAGCCGAGUGCACUCAGUGACAGCCGGGUGCACAUGAGUACAGCACAGGACUGAGUGUGAGCAUACAUCGAGAUCCGGGGUUAUCCGCUCCCAGGGAGAGCUAAAAUGACACCCGCACUCAGGUGAGAGAGUGUCCUCAGUCAAGAGAUAGGGCCUGCCCUCACAGAUACUUUGAAGACGGGCAGACGUGUGCUGGAGGAAGAGUCCGCAUUUAGGUUGGUGAUGGUAUCCUAAUGGAAGGGACUUUGGAAGAUGUGCCUAGAAGCUGUGAUGAGACCCUUCAGUCAAGGUGAGUGAUCUUACAAAAAGGAACAGGAAUUUGGACUCCUGGGAGUGAAGCUGCCGCACAGAAGAAGAAUAAUGUCAGGGCAUUGAAGCUACAUUAAGAACACUUAUGGAUACUGUGGGGUUUCUUAUGCUGGACAAUACUUCAAGAGUAAGUCCUUUUCCAUGACCAAGGACUGGGGUAAUUCUCCUUACAUGCUCAAGUAGUGUGAACGGACAAUAGCCAUUUGAGUUGCAGGCACUCUUUUGCUCCCUGCUUAUUUGUUUGUACUUUUGUAUCUUGGUCUUACUCCAUUCUGGCCCAAUGGAGCCCUGGAAACAGUGUGCCCAGUGGCUUAUAAGAUGCAAAGUGCUGCCACCCCACCACAGGGUGACAUGGGACACGGCCCAGGUAUUUGACCUGGCGCAAACACUCCGGGAUGGGGUUCUUCUCUGUCAGCUGCUCAAGAACCUGCAGCCAAGCUCCAUCAACUUGAAGGACAUCAACCUGCGACCACAGAUGUCCCAGUUUCUUUGUCUGAAGAAUAUCCGGACGUUCCUGUGCGUGUGCUGUGAUGCAUUUGGGAUGAAGAAAAGUGACCUGUUUGAAGCAUUUGACUUAUUUGAUGUUCGGGACUUUGCAAAGGUUAUAGAGACGCUAUCCAAGCUCUCCCACGCGUCAAUUGCACUUACAGCUGGUAUACGGCCGUUCCCCACCGAGGAAAGCGUACAGGAUGAGGAUAUUUACAAAGCUCUUCCUGAUUUGAUUGAUGAAUCUGGGGUGGAUGAUGAUGAAGAAUUGUAUUAUGAUUGUGUAUACACUGAAGAUGAGGGGGGUGAAGUGUAUGAAGACUUGAUGAAGGCAGAGGCUUCUGUGCCUAAUAGGACUGCAGAGAGUGACAUUCGGAGCUGCUGUCUUCUCGAAAUAAAGCAGACUGAAGAGAAGUAUUCAGAGACUCUAGAAUCGAUCGAGAAGUUCUUCAUGGAGCCCUUGAAGAAAUUCUUGCCGCUAACAGACAUACAGAAAGUGUUUAUUAAUAUCAGCGAGUUGGUAAAAGUACACAGAAGCCUGAUGUUAGAAAUUAAUGACUCUAUCAAGCAGAAGAAUAGCCAAAACCUUUACAUGGUGUUCCUCACAUACAAGGAGAGGCUUCUCAUAUAUGGUGAAUACUGCAGCCAAGUAGAAUUAGCCAUAUCAGCCUUGGAUAACAUCUCCAAGACCAGGGAAGAUGUAAAAUUAAAGCUGGAGGAAUGCGCAAAACGGGCAAACAACGGGAAAUUUACUCUUCGAGAUCUCCUGGUCGUCCCAAUGCAAAGAGUUCUAAAAUAUCACUUGCUACUUCAGGAGCUAGUUAAGCACACUACUGAUCCUACAGAAAAAAACAACCUACGUGUGGCGCUGGACGCAAUGAAGGACUUGGCACAGUACGUCAAUGAGGUUAAGCGAGACACAGAGACAUUGAGGGAAAUUGAGCAAUAUCAGCACUCCAUCGAGAACUUGAAUCAACCGCUGUCACUCUUUGGAAGACCGAAGGUGGAUGGAGAGAUUAAGAUCAGCACCCUGGACAAAAGGGCACGACAGGACAGGUAUAUAUUCUUGUUUGAUCAAGCGGUCAUUGUGUGUAAAAGAAGAGGGGAUAAUUAUGAGAUGAAGGAAAUCAUAGAUCUUCAGAAAUACAAAAUAACCAACAACACGUCUACAGACAAGGAGAACAAAAAGUGGUCAUAUGGAUUCUAUCUAACACACAUUCAGGGGCAAAAUGGCUUUGAAUUUUAUUGUAAAACUAGAGACCUGAAGAAGAAAUGGUUAGAACAGUUUGAAAUGGCCCUGUCCAACAUACGGCCAGUGGAUGCGAGUGCAAAUUACCACGAGUUUAAAAUGCACACAUUUGAAUGUGUCACGUCCUGCCGAGUAUGUCAGAUGUUGCUCAGGGGAACUUUCUUCCAAGGAUACUUUUGUCCGAAAUGUGGAGUUGGAGCUCACAAAGAGUGCCUGGGCAGAGUGGAGACAUGCGGGCGAGGAGAUUCUUGUACCUUGAAGGCAGCGAAAGAAAAUGGACCCCGGAGGACAGUUAAAUACACAGAUCCAGGUUUGCCAAAGAUGCAGGUUAUAAGGAAUUACUGCGGGUUGCCCCCACCCUCUGCUUUCGAGGGUCCUCCUCUCAGCAUAUAUGUAGGAGACACCAUUGAGGUUAUAAGAGCGGAUGCACACAGCUUAUUCUGGCAGGGCAGGAAUCUGUCCACGGGGGAACUUGGCUAUUUCCCAAGUGACGCCGUCAAACCAUGUCCAUGUGUCCCAAAGCCUGUUGAUUAUUCUGGACAGCCUUGGUAUGCAGGAGCAAUGGAGAGAGUACAAGCGGAGACAGAACUCAUGAACAGGGAGAACAGCACAUACCUCAUCCGGCACAGGACAAAGGAGAACGGAGAGUACGCAAUCAGUAUUAAGUAUAACAACGAAGUGAAGCACAUCAAGAUAUUAACGAGAGAUGGCUUUUUCCACAUAGCAGAAAAUAGGAAAUUUAAAAGUUUAAUGGAGCUUGUAGAAUAUUAUAAACACCAAUCUCUUAGAGAAGGUUUCAGGAGUUUGGACACAACCCUACUUUUCCCCUAUAAGGCGCCAGAAAACCAGGCUGGGCAAAUCCGGAACCGCUCAUCAGGGAUGUUUCUGAGUCCAAAAGUUCUAGGUAUUGCCAUUGCUCGCUAUGAUUUCUGUGCCAGAGAUAUGAGGGAACUGUCCCUGUUCAAAGGAGAUGUGGUGAAGAUCUACACAAAGGCAGGAACUAAUGGUUGGUGGAGAGGAGAGUCUAAUGGAAAGGUUGGUUGGUUUCCAUCCACAUAUGUAGAGGAGGAUGAUUGAGUAUGAUGCGUAGCGAUUGGAGUAGAACACUUGAAGAGACCCUGAAGCUGGUUGAGAUUUGGAGAUGUUCUGCUUACUCCAGAAGAACAUUUUAUGCUCACCAUUUAGCACGUGACCAUUGCCGGUGUCAUUGAAUGUUACAGUAGAACAAUCCCCAAAAGGUCUGUGGAACUAAUGGAUUAAGGCACUGCACCAAAGAGAAGAAUAUAUUUAAUAUGUGCCAGCCCAGGGUACAGCAGAACUUGGUGAAGAUGACAAGACAGGGGGGUUCUUCAGGCAAUACACUUGUCUUGGUCAGAAUGGUUUGUCUAAACCAGGACUUUCAUGGCAGAUGGUCUGCUAUUAUUUCAUUUAAUGCCAUCAAAGAUAUUCAGAAUUGACUUAUGUUUAUAACAUGCGGUUUUCAAAUUCAUUCUACAUUCAUUCUACAGUUACCCCCUAUUUUCAUGCCAAAAUAUGUAAUUUCAGAAACCUGCAUACACAUUUAUGGACCCCUAUGCAUUUCACUAACCUGUAAUAGGCUCCGCAUUGUGAGUUGUAUGUCGUUCUGCCAUUAAAUGUGUUAAAAUAUAAGAGGAGACAGACAUAUAAUUACACAGUUCCUUUACAAUUAUCACUGCAAAAUUCACUAGUAUGUAUUUUCAUGCAAUGUAAAGUUACUUGUAAAAAUCCUGUACAGUAUACAGAAUCAGAUCAGUGUUAAUGUUGAAAGAGUUAUAUAUUUUUAAGUGUCUUAUUAAUUUCUGUAACAUCUUUUUAAGCUGUGGUUUGUUCUGGGUCUGUGUGUCUCGGUAUGUAGUUCUAGCAGUCUGAUUAUAUACAAGACAUGUUCUUCAGAGCCAUUUUUAAAGGAGAAAAUUCUAGGGUUGUUAUCAAAAA